AUGGCAAUUUUCGCAAUUUCAGAGAAUAGAUGCUUUCUAGUUUUAUAUAUAUAUAUAUGUAUAUAUGUGUGUGUAAACAAGCUGAUUAUCAAAGAGAUGGGUCAGACGCUUUGUUGCAACAAUGAUCCUUGUACUAAAAGUGCAACUCUCCAGAGCAACAUAAAUGUGAAAACCUAUACAAAUGAUGCUAAUCUUCCACAUAAGUGUUCAGAAAUACUAAAAGAUGAAUGUAUUGACGUCCAUAGUUACUGCAAGGACAAACUCUAUGACAUGCUAUAUAAUGGAAUACUGAUUUGGGACGGCAAGACCAAGUAUUGGGUCGAUAGAAAGACGGGGAAAAAUUGUUUCAUGUUAUUUGCAAAGAAUCUGACUAUUACUGACCAAAAGGAUCAUCGUAAGUGGAGCUGGAAGAGAUCGAAAGAAGAUAUGAGAUCUGAAAUUGCAGUCAUGGAAGAAGUGGUGUUACUUUCAGUUUAUGGUAGCUUUAACGCGGAGUUGCUUUCAGCAGACACCAAGUAUAAGGUUGAAUUUGUGUUACAGUUCAGAAAAAGCAAAAAUGUUUCUGGCUGGGAUAAAAAUCCCGUGAGAACCAUCCUAAUACCGCCAGGAAAGACAAUGAAAGAGGCCAUACAAAACAAGGUGAAUUUGUCAGAAAUAGGCUCUGAGGAACCAUUUGAACUUUUAGCUGGGGAAUUCAUGAAUUCACGAUUUAUCCCCUCCGGGGAAAUGCAGUUUCAUCUCGAUGAAAAGAAAGAGAAGAAAACAGGUCUUGUUAUCAAAGGAGUUAAAAUUACACCCAUGAUUUGAAUAAGCUACAUUUAGUACAGAUUCCGUGGAUUAUACUCGUUUCUAUUCAAAUUAUAAUAUAUAUAUAUAUAUAUAUAUAUAUAUAUAUAUAUAUAACAAAAUAUUAAAAAACUGUACGUGUAUACAACAGAAAAAAGUUAUGAAAGACUCAACAUUUGAGGAGCUCUGUAUUAGUAUUUAUAAUAGUGCUUUUAUGUUAACUAAGUA